ACUGGUCACGUUCACUCAAUUGUGCCCACAGCAGCGCAGAGACAGGAAGAGAAUACAUUUUAAAAACACUUCCACAAUAACUCCUUUGGGUUUAUUAUAUCGACCUGAACAGCAUGUCCUUUCAUUAAGCGUGUGAAAUCUAUUUUCAAGAUUGUCAUUGUCUGACCCGGUGAUACAAUGAAGCCAUUAAAAGAUGCCCAGCUGGGAGCCUUCACCUUCUUUGCUUCAGCUCUCCCACAUGAUGUCUGUGGUAGUAAUGGCCUCCCUCUAACCCCAAACUCCAUCAAAAUCUUGGGGCGUUUCCAGAUCCUGAAGACCAUCUCUCACCCCAGACUCUGUCAAUAUGUGGACAUAUCCAGAGGAAAGCAUGAACGGCUGAUUGUUGUUUCUGAACACUAUGCAAGCAGUUUAAGUGGUUUCAAACAAGGACACAUCAUAAGCCCUGAAAAACUGCUGCAAAUAGCCUACGGAGUCCUUGAAGGUCUGGAGUUUAUGAACAAAAAUGGCUUGGUGCACAGAGCCCUCAGCGCUCACAAUGUGCUCAUGGACUACAAGGGGAAUGUGAAGCUGGCAAAGUUUGGCCUUUAUCACAUGACAGAUCAUGGAGCAGAUGUUGACUUUCCCAUUGGCUACCCAUCAUACCUCUCUCCAGAGGUGAUCGCCCAGGGCUCCUUCCACCCCAGUGAUCCAUCACAUGAUGAAGCUCCUCUGCCCUCAGGACCCAAGACGGAUGUCUGGUCUCUUGGAGUUUUGCUCUUUGAAUUGUGUGCUGGCAGAAGACUUUGGCAGAAAUUUGACAUAAGUGAAAAGCUGAAAUUCAUUUUAACACUGGGUUGCAUGGAUGACAUUGUCACAGUGCUUGCAGAAGAACAUGGAUGCUUGGAAACCAUUAAGGACCUACCUAAUAAUGUUCUUGAGCUACUGAGGAAAUGCUUGACUUUUCUUCCGUCUAAAAGACCAACCCCUGCAGAGCUACUUGGAGACCCAUUGUUUAAUGGCAUUUCCUUCCAACGCACACCUUUCCAGCAGCCUGUCAGCCUGUUUUCAUCUUCCUUGCGGUGCGCACAUCUGGAACUCCCAGAUGACAUCAGUGACCUUUGCAAAGAUGAUGAUGAAGACUACUUGUCGGAGCGGGGGAUAGAUGAAGUGUACCAUCUGUGGUGUUUAGCUGGGGGGGACCUUGAAAAGGAGCUAACCAACAAGGGAAUCAUCCAGUCCAAACCUCCAAUCUGCACUCUUCCCAACUUUGUCUUGGAAGACGGGGAGUCAUUUGGCCAAGGCAGGGAUCGAAGUUUCUUACUUGAUGAUACAACAGUGACUCUUUCUCUGUGCCAGCUCAGAAAUAGGCUGAAGGAUGUAGCUGGAGAGGCGUAUUACCCUCUCCUGGAAGACGAACAGUCGAGUCUGCCGCAGUCCAACAGCAGCAAUGAGCUGUCAGCCACCGUCACGCUGCCACUCAUCAUCCGUGAGAGAGACACGGAAUACCAGCUCAUCCGCAUCAUCCUCUUUGACAGGCUGCUCAAGUCUUAUCCUUACAAGAAAAACCUAGUGUGGAAAGAGGCCAGAGUGGAUAUUCCCCCUCUUGUUCGUGGACUAACCUGGGCUGCACUUCUGGGCAUUGAGGGUGAUAUCCAAGCAAAGUAUGAAAGCAUAGACAAGGACACUCCCAUUCCAACUGACAGACAGAUUGAGGUGGACAUUCCACGCUGCCACCAGUAUGACGAGCUGCUGUCAUCGCCUCAGGGCCACAUUAAGUUCAGACGUGUCCUGAAAGCCUGGGUAGUGUCUCAUCCCGACCUGGUCUACUGGCAAGCAUUGGCGUACGCCUGCAUGUCAGCCUUCAUUCCCAAGUACUUGUACAACUUUUUCUUAAAAGACAACUCUCACGUCAUCCAAGAGUACUUGACUGUCUUCUCCCAAGUGAUUGCCUUCCACGAUCCAGAGCUCAGCAACCAUCUAAAUGAGAUUGGCUUUAUCCCUGACCUUUAUGCUAUUCCCUGGUUCCUCACUAUGUUUACACAUGUUUUUCCGCUGCACAAGAUCUUCCACCUUUGGGACACACUGCUGCUGGGUAACUCCUCGUUCCCCUUUUGUAUUGGCGUUGCUAUAUUGCAGCAGCUCAGGGAUCGCCUCUUGGCCAAUGGAUUCAAUGAAUGCAUCCUCCUGUUCUCUGAUCUGCCAGAGAUUGACAUUGAGCGCUGCGUUCGUGAGUCCAUCAACCUUUUCCGCUGGACUCCAAAGAGUGCUACCUAUCGACAGCAUGCACAACCAACAAAAGUCCCAGGCGAUAAUGGCUUUGGGAAAACGGCAACAUACUUCUCUUCUGACUACCAAGGAAUGCCCAAGACAGACUUGUCUCGGGAGCCCCUGGCACUAUGUGACCUGAAAGCAGAAGUGUCUCCAAGAAUCUCGGCCGAGGACUUAAUCGACCUCUGUGAACUGUCAUUAGCUGGACCCUCCAAGAGGAACAAAGCUGGCAAGCCAAAAAUUGUAGCUGUCGAUAUUCGCAGUGUGGAGGACUUUGGUAGAGGCCACAUUUCCGGCAGCAUCAACAUUCCCUUCAACACUGUGUUCAGUCCUGAUGGUGAGCUGGUGCAGUGUCCGGCAACUGGAGCCUUACAGAAUUAUAGAGGACGAGUUAUUGUGGUCAUCAGCCAUGUCAUGAAGAGUGCUACUAUGUUUGCUGCACAUCUGGUCAAGGUGAGUUUUCAGCGUGUUUGUGUCUUGGAUGGAGGGAUCAACAAGCUGAAGCCCACUGGACUCCUCACUGUUCCGUCCCCCCAGAUUUGACUCCAUUCCUCAGCUUCACCCUAACAAAAACAAAAGGAAGGCUUCAAGACUGCAUUGCCUAAUGGGAUGUUACAUUUAAAAAAAUAUGAGAAAAAAAUCCCACAAGUCAUUGAUGUUACAGAAAAAAAUUUGAAAUUCUUCUUUUUAUACCCCUGUCUGAUUUAAAUACGAACACUAUAGAGCAGUUGUUGAACUAUCAUGUUUUUAUUUCAAAACAGAAAAAUGGAAUUGUUUGUGUCUCUUUUGUAAGUAUUACAGUUGUGUUACUUUGAAUAAUUGUGUUGGGGAAUAAAUUUAAUCAGUUCUUUGUUUGUGUUUUGUUCUAUUUUUUUUUUAGACCUUUGCUUGGAAAAUUGUCUAUUUUUUUUCUAGUUUCAUGCUAAAUGCUUUCAGAUAUUUGUCCUUCUUGGCUGUUGUAGAAGCUAUUUUUC